AUGGGGUGCGCGAUCACGCAGCUGAGCAUAUUUCCGCAGAGCAAGGCCGAGCGCGAGCUGCUGAGGGAGGCCGAGGAGUUCCGGCAGAGGCUGAUCCGCGAGGUCAAGGCCCGGAGGCAACUGCAGGACGACCUGGAGAGCGCCCGCGGCUUCUCGGCCGUCCGCACAGUCGGCAGCAGCACGGAGGCGCCCGAGACUGCGGACUCGUUCCUUUCCGGGUCCCUCCGCAAGGGGUCCAGCGGCAGUGGCUCGGACCUGAGUUGCAGGAGACGCCUCGAUGUCGGGCCCGCCACCUCCGGGGUACUCGCGGAGAGCGCGGGCUUGGUUGUCGCCGUUCCUGGCAAGGUGGGCUGCGAGGACGACCAGGUCGUGGUCGCGUCAGGGGACCAGCGCAUGUUGCUGAGAACCCGGCGCAUCCACAGGCGCAGGGGCGGCGCCAAGAGGUCCUACGCCCGGCGCCACCUGACUAAUUUGGAGAACGAUGAGGAACUGGAGGACCCCAGCCAGACCGCCGUUGGGGCCGCUGCGGGCCAGCCGCCGGGGCUGCCCGACGAGGAGCGCGACCUGGUCGCCAAGGUGUUGCAGAAGCAUUUCUUGUUCGCCAACUUGCAGUCCGCAGAGCUGAGCGUGCUCGUCGAUCAGAUGCUGCGUUUGGAGAAAGCCAUGGGCGACAUCAUCUGCAUCAAAGGUGAGAAGGGCGACGCUUGUUACGUCAUCCUCAGCGGAGUCUGCACGGUUCGGAGGGACGCCGAGGAGCUGUGUCAGCUGUCGGCCGGGCAGACGUUCGGGGAGCUGGCCAUGCUCUACGACGUGCCGCGGGCUGCCACGAUCGAGUGUGCCUCACCGCGGGUGCUCCUGACGAUGAUAAGGGGCCCUAGCUUCCGCCGCUGCCUGGCCCGCUUCAAGGAGCGGACGAAGAACGAGACGCUGGGCUUUCUGAAUGGACACUCGGUCUUCUCCAAGCUGAUGCCUCAGGAGAAGCGCGUCUUCGCGGACGCCCUCAGUCCACAGGCUUUCGAGGCGGGUUCGGCCCUUAUCGACGAGACGGUCAGCAGUUCCGCCGACUGGAUGUUCCUCUUGCAGGAGGGUACCGUCGAGAUCACCGACCAGUACCGCAACAGGACGGUCCUGGGAGAGGGCGCGACCAUCAGCGGCCAGCGGCUGCCCUACGGCCACAAGGCCUUGAGAGCCCGGGCGGUGUCGCCUGUGCGGGCCCUGGCGAUCUCCGGCGCGCUCAUCGGCAGGCUCUUCGGCAGCAUCUCCGAGGUCCUCCGCCGCUCGACGCUGCGGGCGUUCUUGGACUCCGUGGCCGUGCUCCGAGACCUGACAGACAGGCAGCAGAUGGCCGUCGCGGCAUUGUUCCAGGACCACCAGUUCGCGCGGGGAGAGGUGAUCGUCACGGCGCAGGCCGACCCGCAGCUUGUGCUGGUCCUGGAGGGCGAGGUGGCCGUCCUCAGGGACGGGUGCCUGCGGAGCGCCGUGGCCGAGGCGCCCAUCCCUGGCGAGGCCCCCCCCGGGGCCGCCGGCAGCCGGGCCGAGCCAGCGGCGCUGGCCUUGCGGCGCCAUUCGGGCCAGCCAGGAGCGACAUCUCUGCCCUUCAGCAGCGUGGUGUGCGGCUGCGACCCCCCCGCCGUGGAGCCGCCGCCGCCGGGCGUGCCCAAGGGCGCAAGCGUGGUUCAGACGCUGCAUCGCGGGGACGUGUUCGGCGAGAGUACCUUCCGCGAGGACUGUGUGAUGGCGCACUCUCUCGUCGCCAAGACAGACGCCGUGGUGUCCCGAGCUGGGCACGACGAGGUGUGCCAGGCGCUGCGCGGUUACGCGGACAAGACGCAGCCGCUGCGGAGCGUCGCGCAGCGCAACCGCCUGAAGGAGCAGCUCUGGGGCGUCUUCCCCUUCAGCGCGCUGUACGAGGAGAUGCUCGACUUUGUCAUAGAGGAAUUCGGGACGGAAGAGUUCCAGCCUAACGCCGUCAUCGCGAAUCGCGGCGAGGCUACUGGCAAGUUCUGCAUGGUCGUGGAGGGGGAGGCCCUGCGGCGAGGCGGCGGGCAGGCCGUGGAGCCCCUGGGCCGAUGGUCGUCCUUCGGGACGCGGCAGCUCCUGCUGGACGAGCCCUGCGCCGAGGAGGUCUCGGCCGCGGCGGUUGGCUGCGUCGUCCGGUGCGUGCAGCGAAGGAGGUUCGCGGAGGCGUGCGGCGCCUUCUUCGCGGAGUUGACCGCGAAGAUGCGCCACCGGGAAUUGCACAUCUCGCUCGACAACGUCGUCACCUGUGGCGUCCUAGGGGAAGGGCAGUUCGGCCUGGUGACCCGCGUGCUGGUACGCGGGGUCUUCGGCGUGGAGUUCGCCCUCAAGCGGGUGUCCAAGCGCAGUGUUCUGGAGCUGGAAAUGCAGCAGCCUAUACAGCUGGAGCGCGAGAUCUUGUCCGAGUGCUGCCACCCGCUGAUUGUCCGCUUGAUCACUACUUUCCAGGACGAGCAUAGCGUGUAUUUCUUGAUGGAGAGCUUGACAGGCGGCGACCUGUUCACCGCAAUCCGCGAUAUCGGGCGCAUCAACGAGGAGCAGGCGUUGUUCUUCAUCGCAUCGGUUGUACUUGCGAUCGAGUACCUGCAUUCCAGGGGCAUCAUGUACAGGGACCUGAAGCCAGAGAACGUGAUGCUCCAGGCGAAUGGCUACCUCAAGUUGGUCGACAUGGGCUGCUGCUCGCGAAAGGCCCGUUCAUAUACGUUCGUGGGCACGCCAGAGUAUUUGGCGCCAGAGGUGAUCCUCGGCGCGGGCUACGGCAAGGCUGCAGAUUGGUGGUCCGUCGGCGUUGUCGCGUACGAGAUCAUCUGCGGCCCCUUGCCCUUCGGAGAGGGAUGCACCGACCCGCUGGAGGUCUUCCGCGAGGUCCUCGAGAAGCCGCUGGCCGUGCCUCGCGGCACCGCCCCGGAGGCCGACGACCUUCUUUGCGGGCUCCUGGAGCGCCCGCCGGAGCAGCGGCUGGGCUCGUCCGCGCUGCAGUGCCAGAACGAGGUCCGCGGGCACCAUUUCUUUGAGCACCUGCAGUGGGACGCCAUCCUGGGUCACACGGCCGUGCCGCCGUACGUCCCGCCGCGCAAGGUGUCUUUCAGCAAAGAGAGGGCAUCCUUGCCGAACCUGCCCGGCGAGCCUUGCAACUCGGCCAGCGAGCCGUUGAACUCAUCCCUCAGGUCUGCGGUGCAGCGCAGCGGAUCCGAUGGAAGGCUCGAUUUCGGGUGCUACGAGGCACCUGCCGACGAGGGCCACUUCGCUGGAUUUGUUCAUGAAGGAUCGCGGCUCGGAGAGCGAGGACCCAUCGUUCACAUCAAACAGAUGAACAAUUGUCCUGGCCCCAGAGCCUCCCGACCCCGCCGCGGACCUGUCGUGCUUCGAGUGCUUCUGAGGGCCAGCCACUCCCCCUGCGGAACGUCGCGGAGCUGCGGCGGGAGCGCGGCGCUCUUGUUGUUGGCAGGAGCGCGGCCUCACUCCUAUACGAAGCGUGGCAGAACCCCGCCGACGCCCAGCGGACCAGAUCUGAAUCCACUGAUCGGAGCGGACCAGCCUUCGUCUGGUCUCGUAUUGCGUCCCAGCCGGCCGGCUCGUCCAGUCGAGGGCAGCGCUCGUGUAUCUUUAAUUGCAGUUUGUUCGGCUCUCCCCUGUUCUGUCCGCCCUCUCCGCCGGUUCGCCACCUUUCCUGCUACGUUGAUUCUAACACAUGUUGCCCAUCUCGCUGAUACCCGACCUGAGAUGUUUCAUUCAUUUGGGCGGUACCAUGCGCCGCCACUCACGUUUUAA